AAGCAAGGCACGGCGAGCGGAAGGAAGCCGAGGAGGGUCGGAGCCGAGCCGCGCGCCUUGGACCUUUAACUGAGCUGUGCUGAAGAACUGGAGAAAAGCAACCAUAAUGCAGCUUACCUUUCACCUGGAAAGGUGAAUACAACUUUACAAAGAGAUGGCUGACAAAAGUGGAAAAAUUCUUGCAGGGCCAUUGUACAUUGAAGUUGAAUACGACUAUGAGUAUGAAGCAAAGAACAAAAGGAUUGUGAUAAAACAAGGGGAGAGAUACAUCUUGUUGAAAAAGACAAAUGAUGACUGGUGGCAAGUCAAAAAGGAUGAGAAUUCCAAGCCUUUUUAUGUACCGGCACAGUAUGUGAAAGAAGUAACUCGCAAAGCACUAAUGCCACCUGUUAAACAGUUGGGUGGACUGCCAAACAGCUCGCUCAAACUUAUGCAUGGUUUACAGAAGUCUACAGAAAAUGUGAAUAAGUCUCCAGAGCUUUCUAGUUUUGGAAAAUCAUCUCCAGUUCAAGUGUCUGGCCUAGUUCAGGAUGCCAAUCAGAAUCUGGGACCAAAUAGUAGCCCAGGUCAGACUUUUGGAUUGAGCUUGGACCUUGCACAAAAUAAUGGAAAACAUAAUGAGUUACAGUUCCCUAAAGUUUCCACUCAGAACAGAACCUUUUCUGUGUCCUAUUUUCCUUGUUCUGAAUGUAUGGAAAUAGAAAAGACUAGCUUUUUGCAAGAGCAGGCCUGUGAUUCAGCAGGAGAAAGUUCAGAAAAAAUCCACCAGGACUCAGAAUCUGGAGAUGAACUCAGCAGCAGUUCCACAGAACAAGUGCAGCCAACUACUCCACCAAGCCAAGGAAGGCCAGAUUCACCAGUUUAUGCUAACCUGCAAGAACUAAAAAUAUCUCAGUCUUCACUCCCACCUUUACCUACAACCCCUCCAAUUCAAAUUAAUGGAGAGUGGGAAACCCACAAAGAUAAUACAGGACGCUGUUACUAUUACAACAAAGGAACACAAGAGAGAACCUGGAAACCACCACGCUGGACUCGGGAUCCAAGCAUAAGUCGGGGAGACUCUCUGAAUCAGAUUGAUCAAGAGACUCUGUCAUCACAAGAAAACUACCACAGUUCUUGUAACAGCCAGUCAGAUAGUCAGUAUGGUUCUCCUCCCAAAGGGUGGUCAGAAGAACUGGAUGAACAUGGCCAAACGCUAUAUACCAGUGACUAUACUAAUGAAAAGUGGAUAAAGCAUGUAGAUGAACUAGGUCGAUCAUAUUAUUAUAACGCAGAUGGAUCACGAUCAGAAUGGGCACUGCCAAAAUAUAAUGCUUCACCACAGCAGCAAAGAGAGAUCAUUAAAAGCAGGAGCCUGGACCGACGGCUACAGGAACCAAUUGUAUUAACAAAGUGGAGGCACAGUACGAUUGUGUUAGAUACCAAUGACAAGUUGCCUACUAAUUCUUCUGAACAGCUCUUGCCUAAUCCUGCAUAUUUGUUCCCAACACAUCAGGACCAAGAUUCUUCAUCUCCACUUGUUUCAAGGAUCACUUUUCCUGACAGCGAGUCAUCCUCUCCUUCCUCACCAAAGCAUCAAGCCACAGGCCAAGAGAAAUAUGGAUUAUUAAAUGUCACAAAAAUAACAGAAAAUGGGAAAAAAGUUCGGAAGAAUUGGAUGUCGUCAUGGGCUGUAUUGCAGGGUUCAUCACUAUUGUUUACCAAGACUCAGGGAGGUGGAACUAGCUGGUUUGGGAACCAGUCUAAGCCAGAAUUCACAGUUGAUCUCAGGGGCGCAGUUGUUGACUGGGCUUCGAAGGAGAAAUCUAGCAAGAAGAAUGUGAUUGAGCUGAAAACACGACAAGGAACAGAAUUAUUAAUUCAAUCUGAUAAUGACAUUUCUAUUAAUGAAUGGCUUAAAGUUAUUAAUUAUACGAUUAAUAACCAGACAGUGGAGUCUGAUGAAGCGUUGGACGAUGAAGUGCCAGAUUCUCCUGGGGUGGAAAAACAAGACAAAGAAAAGGACCAUAAAGACUCCAAAAAGCUUCGCUCAAUAAAAUUAUCCGGCAGCAUUGAUUCUUCAGAACAAAAGAAAACUAAAACGAAACUGAAGAAGUUUUUGACCCGCAGACCCACGUUACAAGCUGUCCGUGAGAAAGGUUACAUCAAAGAUCAAGUGUUUGGUUGCAAUUUAUCCAGCUUGUGUCAAAGAGAAAAUAGUACUGUGCCAAAAUUUGUGAAGUUGUGUAUUGAGCAUGUUGAAGAACAUGGACUGGAUGUCGAUGGCUUGUACAGAGUUAGUGGCAAUCUUGCAGUAAUACAGAAGCUGAGAUUUGCAGUUAAUCAUGAUGAAAAACUGGACUUGAAUGAUAGUAAAUGGGAAGAUAUCCAUGUCAUCACAGGAGCUCUAAAGAUGUUUUUUAGAGAAUUGCCAGAACCACUAUUCACUUACAAUCAUUUCAAUGAUUUUGUCAAUGCAAUCAAACAAGAGCCCAGGCAGCGUGUUCCUGCUGUACGAGAGCUGAUUAAACAGUUGCCAAAGCCAAACCAAGAUACCAUGCAGGUGCUCUUCAGACACCUCAAAAGAAUUGUGGAAAACGGAGAGAAGAACCGAAUGACCUAUCAAAGCGUAGCCAUAGUCUUUGGUCCGACUCUGUUAAAGCCAGAAAAAGAGACUUGUAACAUAGCAGUUCACACGGUGUAUCAGAAUCAGAUUGUGGAGUUGAUCCUCCUGGAACUGAACUCAGUCUUUGGACGCUGAAUUUCUCCGAAUGCAACUGGCUUUAAUGGGAGGCCACCUGGGCUCCGGCAGAAGCUGCAUCUCUCUUGUACACGGUGUGUUGUGUUUGCAGACCAAGCAGCGACUCGACGUCUUUGCACUUUUGUGGGAGAGGGAAGUGUGUGUGAGACUUGUUUUAGCUGGGGGUUUUUUGUGGACGCUGUUAAGAGUUCUUUACCACUCAAUGUUGUGAAAAUUUCAAGGUUUGUACACUUGCAAUUGCAGACCGAGUAUGUAUGUACACACUGGAUUCCAUGGUAAGGGAAGCUAAACCCAAAACUUGGUCUGGAUAAUCUGGAAUUGCUUUUUAACGUUGCUUUUUACUGUUCAGUUCACCACGGCGUGGGGAAGAUAAACCCCAUCAACUGACUUUGAAAAACCUCCAUGGGCAUUUUAAGUGAAUAAUUGCAUUAUGUGCUUACAUGUGAAUCUUUUAAGAUCAUUCCUGAUGCUGUCUACAGAGUUUCUGCAUUCAUUGACAGGCUUUAACAAACAAAUGCUAUUGGUGGCCAGUGUAAUUCCUCGCUUGAGGUAUGGGGGUUUUUUUUUGUACCGUUUAACUUUGUUGUGCAGAUUCCUUAACUGGUUCACUUGGAUGCCUCACUAGUAUUAUUUAAAACUCUGAACUGGUACUCAUAUCCAACAGAGGAUAUACCAUGGUCUGAAACGAACUAGAGCUUUUGGUUAAUAGAGUUCAUUUUUUUCAGGGUAUUGCUUGGGCUACACUUGGAAAACUAAAUUACAUCUAACAGUCCUUAAUGAAAGAUUGGUUUUAAUGCUGUACUGAAUUCUUGGUCUGAACCUGUGGUAGUAAAACUAGAUGUAAAUACAGUCUGAAGCCCUAACAGCUUUUGGUUUUUAUACUUAUGCAUUGUUGUAUAGUCUCGGAGUACCAUCUAGUCACACAUUUCUAAUCAUGGGUGGAUGUGUAACAGUUAUUAUAAUAUCUCCCAAUGGAUGUCUGGGAUUUCACAGAGAAACGGGCUAAAACGCUGUGCACUUUUAGAUGCUAAUUACAUCUGCAUGCAAAUAAAUGUAAUGCAAAUGGUACUGGGGAAAUACUGAGUGUGCUUGCUUAAAUGGUUAAUGCACUACAAGCAAGAGCCACUGAUAUUUAAUAUGUACAGGAGAUACAUUAGAAAAAUGUAUUACAAAUUCUAACAUCUAUAAAUAGCAGAAGCCUAUGUUUGAAUAGAUGGAUGUCUGGGAAAUAAUGAAAAUGCUAAAUUUCAGGAUUCCUUUUUACAUAAAUAAUGUAGAUUGAUUUGUAAAAUAGGUUGCAGAAGAUUUUGUUACAGGAGCUGUGGUCUGCAGAAGAUUUUUUUUUUUAAUGUAUUUUUCUAGACUAACUGCUGUACCUGACAUUUGCUAUGUUGAAUCUAA